AUGACUGGGGGAAGAAAUAAUACAGAGAUGACAGCAUUCAUCCUCUUGGGAUUCUCAGAUUUCCCCAGAAUCACAGCACUGCUCUUCAUCAUAUUCCUGCUAAUCUACAUCACAACUCUGACUUGGAACCUGUGCCUCAUUGUUUUAAUAAGGAUGGCAUCCCAACUCCACACAGCUAUGUAUUUCUUUCUCAGCAAUCUGUCUUUCUUAGAUCUCUGCUAUGUCACCUCUACAGUUCCCAAGCUGCUCUUCAACUUCUUCCAGGAAAAGCAAACUAUCAGCUUUGAAGGCUGCGUAGUUCAGUAUUUCUUCUUUUCUAUGCUGGCGCUGACUGAAUGCUGCCUCAUGACAGUGAUGGCUUAUGACAGGUAUGCUGCCAUUUGUAAACCACUGCUCUAUGUAUCCAUCAUGUCACCCACCCUCUGUAUUCGGAUGGUGAUGGGAUGCUAUAUGGCAGGACUCACAGGUUCUUUAUCUCAGACAUGUGCCUUGCUGCAGCUCCACUUCUGUGGACCUAAUGUCAUCAGGCACUUCUUCUGUGACUUAACCCAGCUCGUACACCUAUCCUGCAGUGGCACACUCCUUGCACAGGUCCUGCUUGCUAUAUUAACAACGUGGUUUGGAAUAGCAAAUGCUGUAAUUAUCAUAAUAUCCUAUAUUUGUAUUGCCAUGUCCAUCAUGAAGAUCACAUCAGCUAAAGGCAGGUCCAAGGCAUUCAACACCUGUGCUUCUCACCUGACAGCUGUAUCGCUGUUCUACGGUUCUGGCACAUUCAUCUAUUUGAGUUCAAGUUCUGGUAUCUCCUCCAGUAUUGACAGAUUUGCUUCCAUGUUCUACAUUGUGGUGAUUCCCAUGUUGAACCCCUUGAUUUACAGUCUGAGGAACAAGGAAAUCAAAGAUGCCAUGAAGAGAUUGCAGAAAAAGACAGGCACCUGCUAA